CAGCCAAAAACUAAAGUCCAUAUUACAUUAUAUAACAAAUCUCCCCAAUUUUUGUAUAUAAACGCACAAGUGCAGUACUUGGCAUCAUUCAAUCACUUGCACCAACAACAUGAACUCACUGAUUUUGUGCACUUUUGCCCUGUUUGCUGUCGCCCUCGCCGGCCACCACCACUUGGAGGACAAUGGCCCAGCAUUCUACAAAUUUGAAUACGGCGUUCACGACCCCCACACCGGCGAUAAAAAAUCGCAGUACGAGCAUAGAGACGGCAAGCAUGUGAAAGGUGGCUACACGUUGAAGGAAGCUGAUGGUACGACUCGCAUCGUGGAGUACCAUGCUGGUCCUCACGGUGGGUUCAAUGCAGUUGUUAAGAGAAUAGGUCAUGCUCAACAUCCCGCUCAUUAUGGGCAUGGACACGGUGAGCAUGGUCAGGGUUACGGUCAUGGUGGUACCAGCUACGUGGGUACCACUCAUUUCGGCUACGGCGGAUACUACCAGAAGUACCAGAGGUACCAGCCCCUUGCAAUGAAUUUUGUCUCGAAAGACCCAAUCCUUGUCCACUGGUACUACCAGAAUUACUCGAUAGGUACUGCCAGAAUUACCGGAGGUAGUUUGAGUCAAGAGACCACUGAAACUCCCAAAAGUACUACCAGAAGUACCGGAAGUACCAAGAAAAUCCGAAGGGUUCACUUUCUGGACCUCGGCUUGAAAACCUUUAUGAGGUCCAGCAGUGUACUUGACCACUCGGAUAGUACCAUCAGGUUCACGCACAGUAUAAACACCGCUCACUUCCUUGCCAAGUCGUACUUCGUGAUGCGAUUUUAUAUCACCGGUGUGAUGGUCUUCGACACCAUAAUCAAAUUUUCCAAGUGCACCAUCACCAUGAAUACUCUAACGGUCGCUUUUUGCGUACUCUUGGCCGCUACCGCGGUCCUAGCUCUUGGGUACCACCACGAAGACAAUGGCCCAGAGUACUACCAGUUCGAGUACGGCGUCCACGACCCUCACACCGGCGAUAUUAAGUCGCAAAAGGAGCACAGACAUGGAAAGGAAGUGACUGGGUCGUACACUUUGAAGGAAGCUGAUGGUACCACUCGCGUGGUCAAGUACCAUGCUGGGCCGCACGGUGGGUUCAAUGCGGUGGUUGAGCGGAUCGGACACGCUGUUCAUCCGGCUCAUUAUGGGCACCAUGGGCAUGGUGGACACGGGGGACAUGGUGGGACCAGUUACGUUGGUACUACUCAUUUCGGGUACGGCGGACAUUAGGCCAAUUUGUGGUGCCAAAGAAUGGUUGUGUUGAAUUUUGUGUUGUUUUUGUUACUUUUGAAUUUAUAAAUAAUGAUAAUAAAGAGAAAUUAGAAUA